AUGGUAUCACGCACCAAGUCAAAAGCUCCCCGCCGAAAGAAAUCUGCUGGUCGACGCCAUGGACGAGUCCACAAGCACUCUACAGAUUCAACCUCGUCUCCAAAGGCCUCCAGAUCCAAACCUCCCAGAUCCAAAGCCGCGUCAAAAUCCGGCAUCCUCCCGGAUUCAAAUGAUCCACUGGAACAAAACAUCUUCGAGCGGGAGGCCAUGCCAGAAGGCUAUGUAUUCGUGCCCAAGGGUGACGUGUACAUUACCAGACACUGUCGGAGCGAUACCCAAACUUCCGACCAAAUAGUCUAUCUAGUCUAUGACAAAGCUGCCAAACGGACCUUGGGCAUCCGAGUUCCAGAAGAGGUCCACAAAAAUGUAUCCAAGCUCGCAACUUCAACGGCAGCUACACGUGCCAGCGCUGUCAAAGCUCGCGAUGGAAACUUCAUCACACGUGGCAGGGAACUACUCCGCACCGAGUUCCCGUCAAUGCCUCGCGAAUCACUGGAAGUCAUCCUGAAUCAUGCAUUCCUCAAGGGUUCCGGGCGGGUAGGACGUACCUCGAUGACCACAGAUAAACGUAAGGCCACACUUGCUGUUGAAGCUCAUAUUCGGCAUGUACAUACCCCGUAUGAAACGCUACUCGAGUCUGGAGUGGAGCGGUGCGAAGCGCGAGAGAAGGUGUGGCCUACUGUCAAAAGCAUCAAGAAGGCUUGGGAGGGAGGCACGGAUAUGCAAAAAAUCGAGGGUCUAGUAUUGCGCCGGGCACCUAUUGACGAUAACGAUAUCAUUGUGUUGGAUUAA